AUGAGUGACGUCUUCAAAGCGGGGGAGAGCGGGCUGCUGGUGGUGUUUAUGCAUCCUGGCAGUGAGUCGCUGACGACCUUUCACGACUGGUACGAUACGGAGCACGUGCCACUUCGCAUUGAACGCUUCCCCACCUUUCGCUCGGCGGUACGCUAUUCGGUCACCUCGACCACGCUCUCUCGCACUUUGCUGCCGGAGACGACUUGGGGGGCGCUGUAUACGAUUUCGGACAACUCGGUAUUCGCCCAUACGAGCUACACCUCGCUCCGCACGCAGCGCAGUCCACGCGAAGCGGAGCUGUUCACCAAACUGGGUGUGGUGGAUCGACGAAUCUAUCGUCUCGAGUACGAUUCCGACACGACCUCACUCUCCUCGUCACCUCUCGGUCUCUCACCCCAGCUGGCCAAAGACACACCGGCGUAUCUUGUCUGCAACAGCGUCGAUAUCGCCCCCGAGGCCGAGAACGAAUUCAACACGUGGUGGGAACAAGAACACGUACCCCUGCUCGCCAAAGUCCCCGGCUGGCGAAGAAGUCGUCGCUUCACCCUCAUCGACAACGGCAUCACAGGCACCCACGCCAAACCCAACGACGCCCAACAAGUCCCCAAGAACCUAGGCCUGCACGAGUGGCAUUCUCCCCCCGAAAACCACCCGGCCUACAAAGCCAGCCUCACCACCGACUGGCGUGCCAAAGUCACGGGCGAAAACGAGGCCAACAUACUGCGUCGCGAACGCAAGACGUGCACAGUCUAUCGCGCCUGGGAUCCCACCGCCGCCCUCUCCCACCCCUAG